AUGUCUGGACGUGGCAAAGGAGGCAAAGGUCUAGGAAAGGGGGGUGCCAAGCGCCACAGGAAAGUUCUUCGUGAUAACAUCCAGGGUAUCACCAAGCCAGCUAUCCGUCGUCUUGCCCGACGAGGUGGUGUGAAGCGUAUCUCCGGUCUGAUCUACGAAGAGACCCGCGGUGUCCUCAAGGUCUUCCUCGAGAACGUUAUCCGUGAUGCGGUUACCUACACAGAGCACGCCAAGAGAAAGACCGUCACAGCCAUGGACGUGGUCUACGCUCUGAAACGCCAAGGCCGCACCCUGUACGGAUUCGGCGGUUAG